AUGGUCAUCAAAACCGACUUGUGCAACUACACAGAGUACAGGAUCUACCCGGGCCAUGGGCAGAAGUUCAUCGCGAAGGACGCGAAGGUGAGCUUCUUCAUCACCGCCAAGGCAGACUCGCUCUACCACCAGAGGAUCAAGCCGGUGAAGCUGCGAUGGACCCAGGCAUGGAGGCGGAUGAACAAGAAGGGCAAGGUGGAGGAGGGCGCUAAGAAGAGGACCCGCAAGGCCCAGAAGUUCCAGAAGGCCAUUGUGGGCAUGUCCCUGGACGACAUCAAGCAGAAGAAGGCCCAACGACCCCAGCUCAGGGCGGAGCGCGAGAAGGCAGCCAAGGAGGCGAAGGCGAAGCAGGCCGCCACCCAGAAGAAGCCCGCAGGCAAGGUGGCUGCGCCCAAGGCCAAGGACAAGGGACAGAAGCUUCCCAAGGGCGGCGGCCAGCCAGCGGGCGGGUCCAAGAACUUCAAGGGCAAGAAGCGGCUCGGAAUUGGUGAAGGCUGCAUCUUGUGGACCUGUGCGGAGCGCAGCCUGCCGGUGCGCGGCACCGUGACGCAGGGCAUCACUUUGCCGCCCCCGACGAUGGUCUCGGGGCCGCCGACGCACAGCCUCUUUGAUCCGGACUCGGACGAGGAACCGGUGCACCAGCUGAACGUGCUGUCGCACCUGGGCUUCUUGUUGCAGAUGUAUAUCUCCCAGCCAAAGCCUGGGGACGAACUGGACGACUUGGAGCUGGACCACAUGAAGCAGCACAAGGAGAUGCUGGAGCGCAUGCGGGACAUGGUGCGUGUCGAACUGGCGACGAGCGAUCCGGCAGGUUUGCCCACUUGCCACUUGGAUGUGAGCUGCCUCGAGUCGCCGGAGUGUCGGGACACCGAGUCGUUGGAGUCAGACUGCCCGAAGAGUCGCAUGCCGACGGCAUUCAAGUUGAAGGCCUUCGUGAUACCGCGCAUGAAGUCUCGGCUGAAGCGGAAAGGAAGAGGAUCACUUGCUUCGUUGGAUGGUGAGCCAUCUGCGUCCGUUUUUCAGGACUGGGGCCUGCGCGACUCCAACUUUUGA